CAGCCAGUUAUGCUGGCUACGAUUAUCAUUUCAUUAUAGAAAGCUGAAUAGUGAGGUUGCUGGGUUAUGUAACAACGGUCUCAUGCACAACAGGAUUGCAGAACAUCGCGUGGACAACAUGCCCUCCAUCUACAGUACGUUUGUCGAUGCCUACACCAGAACUUUUCAUGAUAUUGCAGAUCACAGGUCAGACAAUUGGUUCCUGAUGGGCUCACCUUGGCCUGUGAGCUUCAUCAUUAUUUUUUAUUUGUACUUCGUCAAGAUCCUGGGUCCCCGUUUGAUGAAGAACAGACCUGCCUUCAACGUGGACACAUUCCUUCGGCUGUACAACCUGUUGCAGAUAAUCCUGUGUACUUGUCUAUUGAAAUAUAUAUUAGAUCUGGAUUGGGGAAGGAAGUAUCGCCUUUUCUGCCAGCCGCUAGAUUACACCUCACCACAUGGAUUAUACGUUGCCAAAUUGAUGUACUCGUAUUUCUUAAUGAAAGUCUUCGAUCUCUGUGACACGGUGUUUAUGGUCUUACGGAAGAGAGACAAGCAAGUGAGCUUCUUGCACUUGUAUCACCAUAUCAUGGUGCUCCUGAAUGUGUGGAUUGCGGCGAAAUUCGUACCAGGUGGCCAUGGAUCAAUUGUGGGAUUUCUGAACACCGUUGUUCAUGCCGUAAUGUAUUCCUACUAUUUCGUGACAUCAAUGUGGCCUGAAUACAAGAAGAACCUUUGGUGGAAGAAAUAUAUCACCCAACUACAAAUGGGGCAGUUUGUGUUCCUGGCAUUUCAUAGCUUCUCUGCUUUCAUUAUUAAGGACUGUGAGUACCCAGCUAUAAUGCUUGUGUUGAUAGGCACCCAGAACUUAAUUCUGCUUAUCUUGUUUGCCAAUUUUUACAAGAAAACCUAUUUAAAGAAGAAAGUUAUGUAAAUAUUUUUUACACCACUAGUUAUUUUGUAUAAUAAUAAACACUAUUCUUCCUGUAACAUAUAAAUUUAACUUAUUCUUGUCUCUCUACUGAAUAAUAUGCUUUUUUAUAUAUACAGUCUACAAAUAAUUCAAAUUAAGGAGACUACAAAACACAAAAGAAAGGAGAGUGUUAAUGUGAGGUACAAUAUAUUUAUAAAGAGAA